AUGAACAAUUGGUAUACAGAAUUUGUUCGAGCAAACCCGAAUGUUCAACCUCCUCCACCUCCUUCUAUUCCUCAACUAGUCCCCGUAGCUCCACAAGGUGCUGAGUUGGUAAGAUUGAGUAAACCUCCAGUUGAUAAAAUUCGAAAGCAAGGGACUGAGGAUUUUAGAGAAAAUAUAGAUGAUGAUCUAGAAAAAGCAGAGUUUUGGCUUGAAAACUCUAUUUGGGUUUUUGAUGAGCUAUCUUGUACUCCCGAGGAAUGCUUGAAAUGUGCUAUAUCUUUACUGAAGGUUUCAACAUACCGUUGGUGGAAAACACUAGUAUCUGUGGUUCCGAAAGAAAGAGUUACAUGGGAUUUCUUCCAGGAAGAAUUCAGAAAGAAAUACAUAAGCCAACGGUUUAUUGAUAAAAAAUGCAAGGAGUUUCUCGAAUUGAAGCAGGGCCGAAUGUCUGUGGCAGAAUAUGAAAGGGAGUUUGUCAGGUUCAGCAAAUAUGCCCAGGAAUGUGUGUCCACAGAGGCCAUCAUGUGCAAAAGAUUCGAAAAGGGGUUAAAUGAAGAUAUCAGAUUGUAUGUCGGGAUUUUAGAAUUGAAAGAAUUUGUAUUACUGGUUGAUCGAGUUUGCAAGGCUGAAGAACUGAGUAAAGAAAAGAGAAAAGCGGAGAUUGAAGCUCAAGAUGUAAGAAAAAGGUCAAUGAGCAAGACAUUUCAAUCCCAAUCAAAGAAGUUUAAAGAGAUGAAUCUACGAUCAACUGGUUCAGCUGGGUAUUCACGUAGAGAUCGAGGGAAGUCAUACUCUGGUGCUAAAACUCAAGCUACUUCAAUGGCAAAUAUGGGCAAUGUGGGGAAUAAUAGACCCGAGUGUCAACAGUGUGGCAGGCAACAUGUUGGUGAGUGUUGGGGAUUUAGACGAGCCUGUUUCAGAUGUGGUUCUCUAGAAGAAAGAUUACAAAGAGUUGGAUCGGGUGAUACUGUUAGUAGAGGUAGACCACCGAAAAAUGCUGGAAGCAGAGUUAGCGGUAAAAGCGUGGUGAAAGAUACAGCCAGGAGACCCGAAACUAGAGCGCCUGCCAGAGCUUAUGCCAUACGUGCUCAGGAACUACCAGGGUUACCUCCGAUUAGAGAAGUUGAGUUUGCUAUUGACUUGUUACCUGGAGCAACAGUGUUUUCGAAGAUUGAUCUGAGAUCUGGUUACUAUCAGUUGAGAGUUAGAGAGUCAGAUAUGCCACAAACUGCUUUCAAAACGAGGUGA